GUUGCGCAUCCAACAUGGCGGCUACAAGUGAAAAUAUUGCUGUCAAUCGAACUGGAUGUUUUUCUACAGCAGAAUGGCUGGUUGAAAGGGCAAGACAGAGCUUAAAGCACAAGGAUUUGUACGAAGCUAAGUCAUGGCUUCUCACGGCGAAAACACUGUAUCCAAGAGACUUUCACGUGCAGCAUGAGGCUUAUAACAUUGAAAGAAAUGCCAAGAAAGUGAAGGAGUCUGCCAUUUUGUUUUAUGACAUGUUUGUGCAGUUUCCAAAUGAAAGUUUAUUAUGGGAAGAUAUCCAGAAUAUCACAGAAGCUUUGGAAAGAAAUGAAAUUGAUCCUCAAGGAGUGUUUUUAAAAGAAAUGUUCAACAGUCUCCCUCAAGAUGCCCAAAGAGAAAUUCUUCUACAAGCAGCAGGACGGUGUAAAGACUGCAUUGAAAAAUGUCGCAUGAUGCUCCUACUUAUGAGAAGAUUUCCAGAUGCUAUUCCUAAGAAUGGGAUUACUUUGACCGAGAUGUUGAUAGAUGCAGAAAACUCAGAGUAUCCAACAAACCCUCUGAAUCAAUACAGAAAACUAUUGGUUAAUGAUGUGCUGCCUCAUCUUUUGACAAGCGAGAGAGUUGUUAUCACAGAAAACUGGUCUGCCGAAACAGAGAAAGAGGGACGUCAACCAGGAAUUUCACAACCGACAGUUCUAAAAUGGUUAGAACUCAGCAUACAAUUCUAUUCUUUCUGUGCCACUUUCCUACCCAACCCUGUGGAACAACAACUUCUAUCACCUACAGCCUCAUCUGGGCCUCAAGUCAAAGAUACCCGAGAAAUUGUAUCAAGCGUACAAGAAGGGAGGGGUCCCUGGGGAUCACUUUUUGACAUCUUCUGUUUAGUGGCUAAGAAGUGUGAAUGGACUGAAAUUCUGAGGACACAAGACAUGUUAAACCCUGUUGUGCACAGGAGCAUCAAAGAAAGAUGGUUAUGUAUUUCAGAAAUUCAUCAAUGGCUGAAAAAGGCAGCAAAACAUGGGACAACUGAAAGAGUUAUCAAUGAAUCUCAGGAGAAAACUGGAGUUUUUUAUGCCAUUAUUAUUAUAUUUUUCCAGUCAGUUUGGGAGUACUGCAAAGUCGUUAAUAAGCUUGACUCUGGAGUGAACACAAGUCUCUCAUCAAGUGUUCCAUUAGUACUCCUAGAGGAUGUGGGUGCCGAUAAAACUAGUAUAGAUGGCUGGGCAGGAGGGGCGUCAUCUGAAGGAAGCUCAGCUCCUAAGAAGAAAAAGAAGAAAGGUGGAACGGCACCAUCGUCUCCAUCAAAAGAGGAUUCAAGGGCCAAACAGACAGCUACCAUAACAGUUAAUAAAAGUUGUGGUAACGUGAGCACAAGUCUUCCUGAUGAGUUUGUGGUUUCUGUCGAUACAUGGCACAUUCUUAACACCCAUAGUGACUACAAGAGUGGUUUCACUCGAGUGCUAGCAGAAUGGCAUAUUGACCAAUGGAUUUGGAUGGAAUCUUUUAAAGUAGACAGAAUGGUGUACAAGGCCAAAUACAAGAAGGUGGUUGACUUCCUUAAAGAACAGAAAGGUUUUCUGGAGUCAGAUCCCUUUGCACAGCAAGAGGUCUUCAUCCGUGGGAGUUUACAAAUGUCUUGCUGUUAUUUUUAUCUUGGAGAAUACAGGAAUUCCUGUGCAGAAGCUCUCAACGCAUUGCGGUUUUUUAGCUCCCAGAGUAUAAAUACCACUGAUGUCAAGUCCCUCAAAAGAGGGAUCUCAACAAUGCAGGGCUCAUCUAACAGGGACACAAAUGCUAUGGGGCCCUCACAGCUCAUUUUUCCAGGUCGAGUUCUACAGCUCAUUCCAUGUACAGAAGGAGAAGCUCUGUCAUUCUGUGUUCGCCUCCUUAUCACAUGCUUCAAACAAAAAAUUUCCCACGAGACUCGCUCUGGAGAUCUCGUUGGUCACAUGAUAAUACUCCUGCAAUAUGAUUGGCCAAAAGAAGACCAAACAUUCUACGAGCUGCUGGAGAGAAUUCGGUCGCAUGGCGGGCUCACAUAUCGGAAAUUCUUCAAUUAUAUUGUCAAUAUCGACAUUUUGGAAGAGUUUGCGUAUUUGAGUAGCGAAGGAGUUCUCAAAUUAGAGCUUCUUCCCAAGUCUACAUCAACAUCAAGGUCCCGAACAGUAACACGUGGUGUCAACAAAGGAGCUAAAGAAGACUUCAGGGCUACGCUGGAGAAGCAGGUCUCGCGAAGUGAAGAAAACAUCGAAGUUAUCUUAAGAACUUUUCUCGAGGAAGAACGAGAUUCCAUUAUUAAUUGCCUAUAAAAUCGGCGUACUAAAACUACCACUGUCAACUUGCUCGACUGAGUAAAAUUUUUACUUGUUUCCAUUUUUAAACCCUCUCUUGAACGACCAGAGGCGACCAUCGAGCACAAACAACCACCUUUCGCUCAAGUCAGCUAGCCACUCGCAAAAAGUCUGUCUUGUUAAGAAUCUUAAUAAACCUUUCCUGGACACCCAUACUCGUUUUCCAAAAAAAUAUUUCUUGAAAGAACACAAAAGAUUGUUGUAUAUACGUUUCUCACUAAAAUAUAGUAUUCUAUGCUGACUUUUUCAGUGAGAAGAAAUAAAUAAA